AUGUCAGCUAUCCUUAAUCAAAUAGAAUUUUACUUCUGUGAUUUAAAUCUUAUUCAAGACACUUUUUUGAAAGGAGUUAUUGAAACUAGUAAUGGUUUUGUUACUAUUGAUACCUUAAUGGGGUUUGUUAAAGUUAAAGAAUUAACAGAAAAUAAAGAAGAAAUUAUUAACGCUCUUUCCAAAUCUUCUUUUCUUGAACUCUCAGAAGAUAAACAAUCUGUUAAAAGAAAAACCCCUCUUCCAACUGAAGAAGAAAUUAAUAAACGAUCACUUUUUAUUAAAGGUUUUGGUAAAGAUGCUACAAGACAAGAAAUUAUAGAUGCUCUUAAUAAAUUUGCACAAGUUGAAUGUAUUAGAAUGAAUUAUGGAAGAAAUAAAGAAGGACAAUUUUAUCUUGGAAAUGCUUUUGUUGAAUUUGUAAGUGAAGCAGAAAAAGAUAAAUUUAUCAACUCUAAACCUACUUUUAAAGAAAAUCCAUUGGAAUUUAGACCACGAGCUGAGAAAAUUGCUCAAAAACAAAAAAAUAAAAAAACAUCUCAAAAAGUUGAAUAUAAAAUUAUCGUUUCUGUUAAAGUAUGUAAUAGAGAUUUAAAAAAUGCUAUAAAGAAUAAUGAUUUACUCAAAUCAAAUGUUGUAAAAUAUUUCGUCGAUAGACCUCCUUCCUCUGUUGAAGAAAAGAAACAUGAAACUACUCAUAAUGAAGAUACUACAAAAGUUGAAGAUAAAAAAGAAGAGGUUACAAAAGUCGAAGAUAAAAAAGAAGAAACUACAAAGGUUGAAGGUGAAAAAGAAGAAAAUAAAACAAUUCAAAAAAAAGAGAAAAAUAAAAAAGAAAACGAUGAUAGAACUAAGAACGCUUUUAUUGCUGUUAAAGUUAGUCCUGAUUUAGAAAAAGUAAAAGAGGCUUUACAACAACUUAAAUUCUAUGGUAAAGAGGUUGUUGUUUCUGAAUGUACACCAGAAGAAAGCCAAGCCUUUAAGUCAUUUACUAUUCCAGUAAAGAGUAAACCUAAAUUUUUUGGAAAGAAAGGAAAAAGAGAUUGA